CGGCACGUAGCGCCGACAGUUGGCGGUGAUCCCCGACGCCGAGACCCGGGGGCUGCGCUGAGGAGACGCGGAGCCGCUGUCAGCUCCUUAACGGCAGGGUGGCAGCGUGCAGCCGCGGGGAGGACGCGGAGAUCCAAUAUGUCAAGAUCUACCAGUGCGUCCCCACGGCCUGGCAGCGCCCAGUCAAGUCAGGCUGCUGCCUCCAAACCUAAAGGAUUUAAAGAUAUCCGGAUUGAUGAAGAAGUAAAAAUUGCUGUUAAUAUUGCCCUUGAGAGAUUUCGUUAUGGUGAUCAGAAAGAAAUGGAAUUUCCAUCUUCCCUCACCAGUACGGAAAGAGCCUUUAUUCAUCGCCUUGCCCAGUCCCUUGGCCUGAUUUCGAAAAGCAAAGGAAAAGGAGCACAUAGAUUCCUCACUAUAAAGAAAAAAGAUGGCUCUGAGAUGGCCCACACUGUCAUGACCUGCACUUUAACUCACAGUAUGAAACAUGCCAUACACAAUCUAAUUCAGAGGUUUCCUGUAACCAAUAAGGAACGCACAGAUCUUUUACCUAAGACUGAACGUGGGAAUGCAUUAACUGUUGAACCAGAAAAUAACCGAGAAAUGAAUAGGACAAGUGGUAGACUCAACAAUGGCAUUCCUCAAGUUCCACCCAAACGAGGAGAAUCUGAAUUGGAUGCCUUUAGACAGUCUUUACCCGUCUUUGAAAAACAAGAUGAAACAGUAAAAAUCAUUAAAGACAACAGAGUGGUUUUAAUAGUUGGAGAAACAGGAUCUGGAAAAACUACACAGAUCCCCCAAUUUCUUUUGGAUGACUGCUACAAGAAUGGAAUACCCUGCCGUAUAUUUUGCACUCAGCCAAGGCGACUGGCUGCUAUUGCUGUGGCAGAAAGGGUUGCUGCAGAGAGGGGCGAAAAGAUUGGACAGACCAUUGGUUAUCAGAUUCGACUGGAGAGCAGAGUUUCUCCUAAGACAUCACUGAUAUUCUGUACUAAUGGUGUACUACUGCGAACAUUAAUGGCUGGAGACAGUACCUUAGCAGCUGUGACACAUGUAAUAGUGGAUGAAGUGCAUGAGCGGGACUGCUUUAGUGAUUUCUUAUUGACGAAGCUGAGGGACCUGAUCCAGAAACACCCAUGUCUUAGGCUUGUUCUCUCUAGUGCAGCUCUGGAUGUUAAUCUCUUUGUCAGAUACUUUACUGGCUGCCCGAUCAUUUACAUUCAAGGACGGCCAUUUGAAGUAAAGGAACUCUUUUUAGAAGACAUCCUACGUUCUACUGGAUACACAAACAAAGAAAUGUCCAAAUACAAAAAAGAGAAACAACGAGAGGAGAAGCAACAAACAAACCUGAGUGAGUGGUAUAAAGCUAAGGAGAGUAGCAGAUCAGAGUCCCAAAGGCAAAGAUUUAUUCCAAACCUAAUGGCAGAAAAUGAUUUGCUCGAUGAUGGUGGAGACAGUGUAUUCAGUCAACUGAAUGAAAAAGAUGUUAACUCACUUGAACCUUGGCUUGUAAAGGAAAUGGAUGCCUGUCUCUCAGAUAUCUGGCUGCGUAAAGAUAUUGAUGCUUUUGCCCAACUGUUUCAUCUUAUUUUAAGUGAAAAUGUCAGCGUUGAUUAUAGACACAGUGAAACCAGUGCUGCUCCACUGAUGAUAGCUGCGGGCAGAGGCUUCCUCAGUCAAGUAGAACAGCUACUCAGCAUGGGAGCAAAUGUCAGUGUUAAGGCUUCAAAUGGCUGGACAGCUUUGGACUGGGCUAAACGCUUUGGCCAGUCUGACAUUGUAGAUCUUCUAGAAUCCUUCAACUCUGCAGUGGAAGUAGGAAAUUUGGAUGAGAGCAUUCUGGUACAAUCAGACGGUGGAGAGCUGAGUCAAGAAGAAAAAGAGAUUCUAAGUGUUUACCACCACAGCUUUGAUGAUGAGAAAGUUGACCUUGAUCUAAUAAUGCAUCUUCUUUAUAACAUCUUUCAGAGCUCUGAUGAUGGUGCAGUGUUAAUUUUUUUGCCUGGCUAUGAUGAAAUUGUAGGACUCCGUGAUCGUAUUCUCUAUGAUGACAAAAGAUUUGCAGAUAAUUCUCACAAAUUGCAGGUUUUCAUGCUUCAUUCUAACAUGCAAACAUCUGACCAAAAGAAAGUGUUAAAGACUCUACCAGGUGGAAUUCGUAAAAUAAUUCUUUCCACAAAUAUUGCAGAAACUAGUAUUACUGUCAAUGAUGUGGUAUUUGUGAUCGAUUCUGGCAAAGUGAAAGAGAAGUCGUUUGAUGCUCUGAAUUAUGUCACAAUGUUAAAAAUGGUGUGGAUUUCCAAAGCAAGUGCUAUCCAGAGGAAGGGAAGAGCGGGACGCUGUCGACCUGGAGUCUGUUUUCAUCUGUUUAGCAGAUUAAGGUUUCAAAACCUGCUGGAGUUCCAAACUCCUGAGUUACUACGGAUGCCACUGCAGGAACUGUGCUUGCAUACCAAACUGCUGGCUCCAAUCAAUUGUCCAAUUGCAGAUUUCCUUGCAAAAGCACCGGAGCCCCCACCUUCGCUUAUUGUUAGGAAUGCCGUUGCGAUGCUCAAGACUGUAGAUGCCAUGGAUAACUGGGAAGACCUAACGGAACUAGGCUACCAUUUAGCAGAUCUUCCUGUGGAACCUCACCUGGGCAAGAUGGUGCUUUGUGCUGUAGUCUUGAAGUGCCUUGAUCCCAUUCUCACCAUUGCCUGCACUCUGGCCUAUCGAGAUCCCUUUGUUCUACCAAUGCAACCUUCACAGAAGCGGGCUUCCAUGUUAUGUCGAAAGCGAUUUGCUGCAGGGACGUUCAGUGAUCACAUGGCUCUUUUGAGAGCUUUCCAGGCUUGGCAAAAGGCUCGAAGUGAUGGUUGGGAAAGGGCUUUCUGCGAGAAAAAUUUCCUCUCUCAAGCUACAAUGGAAAUUAUAAUCGGCAUGAGGACGCAAUUGCUGGGGCAGCUCAGAGCCACAGGUUUUGUGAGGGCACGAGGAGGUGGAGACAUUCGAGAUGUAAACACUAACUCUGAGAAUUGGGCUGUGGUGAAGGCUGCAUUAGUAGCAGGCAUGUACCCAAACCUCAUUCAUGUGGACCGAGAGAAUAUAAUGCUGACUAGCUCCAGAGAGAAGAAAGUCAGAUUUCAUCCAAAUUCGGUUCUUAGUCAACCACAGUACAAGAAGCUUCCCCCAGCAAAUGGACAAGCAAUGGCUAUUCAAGCACUGCCCACUGACUGGCUUAUUUAUGAUGAAAUGACCAGAGCGCACAGAAUUGCUAAUAUCCGUUGUUGUUCUGCUGUGACACCAAUCUCAGUGGCAUUAUUUGCUGGUCCAGCCAGGUUGUGCAGUACUGCUUUACAAGAGCCAUCUUCUCGAGUAGAUGGUGUCACCAAUGACAGCAGCGACAGUGAAAUGGAAGACAAGUCUACUUCAAAGAUGGCAACUUUGAAACGAGAUUGGCUGAAUUUCAGAAUAGAUCCAGAGACAGCUCGUCUGAUCUUACAGUUACGACAAAAAUGGCAUGGUCUGUUCCUGAGGCGAAUGCGUGCUCCAUCAAAACCUUGGAUUCAAGUAGAUGAGGCAACUAUCAGGGCAAUCAUUGGAGUACUCAGCAGUGAGGAGCAAGCAGCAGGACUCCAGCAACCUUCUGGCAUUGGGCAAAGACCAAGGCCUAUAUCUUCAGAAGAACCUCCUGUUUCAUCGUCUUGGAGGUCUAAUAGUAGGAAGAGUUCAGCAGAGACGGAAUUUUCAGAUGAUUCUUCCAGCGUGGAAUUUAGAGAAAGAGUUCAGUUGAAAUCCCAGCAGCAGCAAAGGUACAAAGACAGAGGUUUCCUGCACCCGAAGAGGAGUUCUGAUGAGAGGUCAGAUCAAUCCUCUGUAAAAUCCACAGACAGCAGCAACUAUCCCAGUCCCUGUGCCAGCCCAUCUCCACCACCUUCAGGCAAGGGCUCUAAGUCUCCAUCACCGAGACCAAAUGUACCAGUUCGCUUUUUCAUUUUGAAGAGCAGCAACCUUCGUAACCUUGAGAUUUCUCAACAAAAAGGAAUCUGGUCCACUACACCCAGCAAUGAGCGUAAACUAAACCGUGCUUUUUGGGAAAGUAGCAUUGUGUAUCUGGUGUUUUCUGUGCAAGGAUCAGGGCACUUCCAGGGUUUUGCCAGAAUGAUUUCAGAGAUUGGACGGGAGAGAAGUCAAGAGUGGGGUUCUGCUGGACUGGGAGGAGUCUUCAGGGUGGAAUGGAUUAGAAAGGAAAGUCUCCCUUUCCAAUAUGCACACCAUUUACUCAACCCUUGGAAUGAUAACAAGAAAGUACAGAUAAGCAGAGAUGGCCAGGAGCUGGAGCCACAAGUUGGUGAACAGUUGGUGCAGCUUUGGGAGCGGCUCCCUGUGGGGGGGAAGCCAUCACAGACAGACAGCAGACUGGGCAUUUUUGGAGAGUCGUAAUGAACUCCUUAGCAACGCUUUGCAACAACUCCAGAAACUUUCCAAUUUGUCCCAGUGAAGAAGUUUAACUUUCCAAAAGGUUUGUUGCAACUGAAGAUGCACUAGAGGCCUAUUUUCUCCCUUUAAAACUACAGAACCACUGGAACGCCUGAAAGCCUACGUUUUCUUUAAAGACUAAAUGUUUAAUAUUGUGGAAUUUGGCCUGACCCAGAAAAGCUGUUUUGUUGAACUGAUUAUUGUUCUGUUGCUGUUUCUGAUUGGAGGAAAUUACUGUUGUCACUGAAUUAGAUUUAAAAAUGAGAGGUUACAAAAUAGACAAUGUUGUUUUCAUUGGAUUAUCUGGACUCAUUGCAUUAAUAAUUAAACUUUAUUUCACAAAAGAUUUAUGUAGUGGUCUUACAAAUUUAAACUUAAAUAAUAUUUUGUUAAAUACUCUGCAUUUAAAGAAGAGUUCAACCGAUUUAAUAUGCAGUCAUAAGCACUAAGUGCCAAAUGUAAACUGUCUGUAAUUAUGCUGUGGCUUAUAACAUUGAACCAUUUAUGAAUGACUCUUUGCCCUGUUCCCAUUUGCAGGCUGAUUAUUAUGGACAGGUUUCUCAAUAAAAAUGGUAGCACUUCAACUGUAUCAUCCAGAGGUUUUGAUUGGAAAAUACUAGCCAGUGAUCUAUUUUUAAGCUGAAGUAAUUCAAAGCAAAAUCUUAACAUAACUGCAUACAGUUCAGAACAUUUGCAAAAUUGUGUUUGUAAGUAAAUGAUUUAAUUAUUUAUGUUGAAGCUUGAUUUUUUUAAAAAUAACUAAUCAUUCCUUAUUGACCUAUUGGUCACCAAGCAACAUUUUAGUUCAUUUUGACUGAUGAUACAUUUUAUUUAGGCUACUUAUCUUGGUCAAACACUACAACGAUAUAAUAACAUUUCUGAAUAUUAGUAAUUGAUACCAAGUUAAUUUUGCCAGGUAGUAUUUGUCUCAACAAUGGACACAAUGUAUUGAACCAAGGCAUAUACCACUGUAUAUCGAGCAGUAAGUAGGAACCUGGUUGUUAGCCGAUUGGCAGAUGGCUUUUCCGGGGGUAAUAAUUCCUUUAAAAAAAUAAUAAUAAAUUGGUCACUCAAUCCAUGACUGUUUUGUGGGAUACAGCUGCUGCAUUUUGCCCACAAAGAAUGCAGUCAAUUCACUUUACAGUAUAUUCUGAGAAGUGCUUUGAGACGUCUCAAAGAUGUGAUAAUGCGCUAUAUCAAAUGCAAGGAUUAUUAUCAGAGCCAUUGGUGACAGGAUGUGAACUUUUAGUUCAAACAUGUAAAUGUAUUAUUAGUCAAAAUGAAGGCUGCAAAGGAACCUCUAGCUGUUAAAUGGGUUCAGUUUAAUCCCUGAUGACUUAAAUUUUGCACAGAGAUAAACGUGUAAUCCAUUGUAUUGACUCUCAAAAUUCUUUAUUAAACUUAGAUGUUGUAAAAAUUGCAGUAGAUAAGUGUUGGAUCUAUUAUGUUGUCUCAGACUGAGGUUCAUUGUUGAGUAUAAAUGUAAUUUAGUUUAAUUAUUAACCUAAUUUUAAACCUCAAUAAGUUAGCAUUAUUACACUGUGAACUGUUCAGAACUUGAGAUGUAGUUCUAGACCUUCAGAAUUAUUAUAUUGUAAGCUAUUUAUUAUGUUGUGUACAAUGCUGUGUGUUUUGGAGCAAGGUUGGGUAGAAUGGUUCUUCACAUAUCAACAUUGAUAGCAGCCUGUUUUCUUGCUAUGUGAUAAAUGUAUGUAAGUCAAAUCUCUAUUAAAAUUAUUUUGACUCUUGUUAA